AUAUCUCUAGUAACUUCCUCUUUUUUCUUUUUUUAACAGAAUGGACAGCAAAUUGUGGAUGAACCUAUGGGAGAAGAUGAUAUCAACCCGCAAAAUGAAGAAGAAAUCAAAGAAAUUGCAAUAACUCAUCAUGUAAAGGAAGGACAUGAGAAAGCAGACCCUUCACAAUUUGAACUUCUGAAAGUGCUUGGACAAGGAUCCUUUGGAAAGGUAUUUCUUGUCAAAAAAAUCUCAGGGUCAGAUGCCAGGCAGCUUUAUGCAAUGAAGGUAUUGAAAAAGGCCACUUUGAAAGUUCGAGAUCGAGUUCGGACAAAAAUGGAACGUGAUAUCUUAGUAGAAGUUAACCAUCCUUUUAUUGUCAAGUUACAUUACGGUGAGUUUGAAGAAAAAGUACAUCUCACAGAUGAGUGUUUGUCAAGGUGAUACCCUACCAAACAU